UCCACUCAGAUCGUUCACCGGCUCUCACCCCUGGGAGAGGCGCUCCGGACAGAGCUUUCACCGCCCAGCCACGCCCGCCACCGCCACUGCCACCACCACCACCAUGCUGCGGAGCAAGCGACUGGGGCUGUCAGGACUGACCCUCGCCCUGUCCCUGCUCGUGUGCCUCGGCGCGCUGGCCGAGGCAUACCCCUCCAAACCCGAAAACCCGGGAGAGAACGCAUCUGCGGAGGACCUGGCCAGAUACUACUCUGCGCUGCGGCACUACAUCAACCUCAUCACCAGGCAGAGAUACGGAAAACGAUCCAGCCCUGAGACACUGAUUUCAGACCUCUUGAUGAGAGAAAGCACGGAAAACAUUCCCAGAACUAGGGACCCCUUGUUAACCUCAUUAGCCUGUGCUGUCAGCAGAAAGGAUUGCUGCCCACCAGAACUUUCUGCAACAUGUCUUACAUCUCCCCUGUUUAAUACGGCCGCCAUUAGCCACAUGUAGCUUUUGAGCAUUUGAAUGUAGCUAGUGCAAAUAAGGAGCUGAAUUUUAAAUGCUAGCACAUUUUAAUUUAAAUCUCCACGUUUCCAGCAGUUACCGUAGCAGACAUCUCAGGUGUACACAGUUCCUCAGGCCAGUACUCUUAGAAUUUGAGUCAUAAGCAGAAACACACUGAGUAGGAUGAUUGUCUUCUCACCCAACGUGCAGUAUAUUAAUCAGUUUAGCCAACGGUUAUUAAACUGCCUCCUUCAUGUACUCACUUGCAUGGGCUUAGUUUAAAAUUAACGUUAUUAGCUUCUUACUUGUAAUUUCUAAAUCAAAGAAAAUGGCCAUCACCCUGUAUCUGUACUUGCUACUACACUGUAUAAAUAUGCACACAUAUUUUUAUGUGAGGUCUUGAAACCGCUUACAAAAACCCCAUGUACAUCAUGACUCAGAACCCUUGUAGUAUAGAAAAUGCCCUCUACACAAAAAACUCAUGUUUUUUCAGCCAGUGAAGUCAAUGUUUCUACAAAGCACAAUUUCUUUCAAUGAAACUAAGAUAAAACUACUCUGUAAUUUUCCUAAAGUUAUCCUUAGUUUUGUUUGUGCUUUAACAUAAAUACCAAUAUAUAUUUUAAAAGCAAAGAAAAGCAUUUUUAAAAGCGUAAAAUGUUUAGUAAGUCAGAAUUUAUUAUCACACAAGAUCAAACUUCUUUAUUAACUUAGUAUAUUGGAGCUUUUCUUUAUUGAAGUGUAGUAUUAUGCAAAGAAAGGUGACUUAAAGGUUCGUUUGGAAGCAGAGGUGUGCUAAAGUAUUCAUCACCAUAAACAGAACUCUUGGUUACACAGAACAGAGCAAGUAGGAAUAAUGUAUAUGAACCACUGGAAGAUGACCUGGGAAUUUUGUUUUAAAUAAAACAUUACACGUCUUAUCCCACUGAAUCUAAAUGCCUGAAAGACUAAACAUUCAACAGGUUAUAAUUUACCCAUAACUCAGGCCCUAAUACUCCUCAUCUCCUCCCCUCAUCUCACCGGAAAGAGAACUAAACUUCCACACUGUGCAAAGCUCUGUGGCCUUGACUCUGUGGCUCCCAGGUUCGCUGACCCUCAUGUUCUCUGAACUGAGUCCUCACUUGUGAUACAGCAAUAAUAAAUCCUGCCCAACUUUCCACCUAAGUCUACUAGCAUUCAAAUUCAAGUUUAGAUAUCGUUACAAGUAAGAAAGAGUAGGGGAGUGGAGUGGAUAAGGAUGAAGUGUUUGAUGAUUUCUGUGUUGGAUCACACAUUCCUUGCUGUAGAUUGAAUGUGUCCUUCCAAAUCUGUGUGUUGGAGUCCUAAUCCCCACUGUGAUGGCAUUUUGGAGUGGGCUCUUUGGGGGUGAUUAGGUCAUGAGCUCACUUGAAAGGGAUUGGUGCUGUCAUAAAAAGGGACCCCAGAGUGCUCUUUUGUCACAUAAGACACAGUGAGAAGAUGGGUAUCCAUAACCAGGAAGCUGGCUCUUACCAGCCACUGAAGCUGCUUGUGAUGUCAUCCGGGACUUGCAGCCUCCAGGGCCGUGAGCAACCUCAGCAGUACAUUUCUGUUGUGAAGUUGCCCACUGGCAGUAGUUUGCCAUUAUAGCCCAAACGGACUAAGAAAUCCCCGAUAAAGAAGAACUAGCGUUAAGGAAUACAAUAAUGGUAAACUUUCUAAAAUAGCACAAGUGCAUUCCAAGAGGUUCCCUGGUAGUAUUCUCAAACAUUCUCAGGCUGUCGACCCUCCUUGGGAUAGGAAUAAAGGCAGCAGAUUACCCACCUGUCAUUGCAAACAGUAAUCCUCGCUUGAGUGACAGUAAGAACAGUUCAGCAUUUAGUAAUGAGAUGCCUAUAAGCAAUGCCAUCAUUAUCAAGUAAAUGUAUAAGCACUGUUAAGCUCUCCUCUAAUCCAAACUGUAUUCUACAUUCUAAGAAGAAUAAAUUGUCCAUCAGUUUUUUACA